AAAUAAAAUCGACAAGAAAUAUGUCAUUCAGCGGGACAAUACAAAAAUGUAAGGCAUGUGAUAAAACUGUUCAUUUCGUUGAAAUGAUUUCUGCGGAUGGAAUCCCGUAUCAUAAAACAUGCUUUAGAUGCGUCCAAUGCAAUGGAAAACUCGUGAUGAGUAGCUACUUUCAAUUGGAUGGAUCACUGUAUUGCAAGCCUCACUUUGAUCAAAAGUUCAAGGAGAUGGGUGGCAUCUCCAGGAUACCAUCCUCCAACAAAACAAAUGAAAUGGGAAAGACCCCAAGCAAACUUGCUAGCAAACUGUCUUCCAUGUUCUCUGGUACCCAAGAUAAAUGUGCGGUGUGUCACAAAACUGUGUACCCGCUAGAAAAGGUAACAGUGGAGGGGGAAUUUUAUCAUAAGCAAUGUUUUAAAUGUGCUCAAGGAGGUUGCAAACUCACGCCGUCUAACUAUGCGGCUUUAGAAGGAAAUUUAUUUUGCAAGCCACAUUUUGCUCAGUUAUUUAAAGAAAAAGGCAAUUAUGCACACCUUUCAAAAACGGCCUCAAUGAAGAAGAACUCCGAUGCUGAAAAGAUAGCGGAUGAAGUGGUAGCCGAAGAGCAACAGGAACCACCAGAAGCAAGCUAAUUAAAUGACUUCAUACAUUAUUACAUUCCUUAAAAAGAAAGGGUUCAUGUUGUUUACCCUAGUUAAUAGCUACUUACUUUGGUCUCAAUUUUAAUUUUGAUGCCAAAGAAAACUUGUAACAUCUUAUUUCUAUUUGAAAAUACAAUGUAGAUUAUUUUUAAA